CUGCUUGCCGACCGGAGGUCGAGGGCACGACAUUCACCGGGCAGAAGUGGCACCGAGAGACGUCUCCACCGGGCCAACCGCUAACCCCAACCGGCUGACCGGUCAGACUAAGGUUACCUCAGAUGGAACCAAAUUAAUUCGGCGCUGUCAGUCGAGCACAACUAGCCACCAUUCAUUGGACAGCUCAGCACUGGGAUACCUAGGGGUGGCAGAGGCUUCAGUAGCACACUGCAAAGAUCGGCCGACUCCAGGCAGCCUCAAGGACAAGACUGAACACGAUGGCAGCCACAGCCGCUGCCGUUGCUGCCAGCGGCCUCCUUCCCACAGUCAUACAAAUCGCAGGAAAAUGGUUCGGUGCUAGACGCAGAGCCGAGAGAGCCCAGCCGAGCCAAGCCGAAAGCCGAGAGAGCCCAGCCGGGAGGGAGCAGCGUGAGGCGCAGGAACAACGAGAAGAGGAGCAACAUGAAUCUGAAAGAGGGAGAAAAGCACGAGAAGACUUUGUAAGGAUAAUUGAAGAAAUGAUAGGAGAGCUGGAACAACGGUUAGAGGAGAUGCAACAUGAAUUAGAAAGAGAGAGAACAGCACGAGAAGCCUCUGAAAGCAGAAUUCAAGAAAUACAAGAAGCGCGGGAACAACGAGAAAAGGAGAUGCAACGUGAAUUAGAAAGAGAGAGAACAGCACGAGAAGACUCUGAAAGGAGAAUUAAAGAAAUGCAAGAAAUGGUAACCAGUAUAACGCCUUUUGGGGCGACUAACGGAGCGAGCGAGAGGGUGGGCCUUGCACGUGCAAAAUUGCGAGGAGGUACCUCCAACUGACUUGUGCACGGCACCCUACUAACCGGUCUCUAGCGAUGUGCCAAAUUUGAGCACAAUCGGCCCAGCCGUUCUCGAGAUCUGGAAGCGGCACCCUGCACGUGCGCACGUGCAAAAUGAGUCCCAACUGACUUGUGCACGCACCCUACUAACUGCUCCGUAACUGUGUACCAAAUUUGAGCGCAAUCGGUCCAGCCGUUCUCGAGAUCUGGAAUCGACCCCUGCACGUGCGCACGUGCAGCAGCACCCCAACUCUGGGACAUGGAUAUGCAUUGCCUAGUGGGUGCCUACCUACAUGCUAACUUUCAGCGCAAUCGGCCCAGUAGUUACCGAGAUAUUGCAACUAUUACAAAAGUGACACCUCUUUGUUUUGCACGUGGCACGUGCAUAAGGGGUCACCCACAUGUAUCGGGAAUAGUCCAAUACUUGGUAGAAGGAAUGAAGCUACCCUACAAAAAUUACCGCAUGUAAAUCGGUCAAGUGGUUGCUGAGAUAUAAGCGUCGUAGAAUCGUGACCACGGCCGGCCGGCCGGCCGCUCAUACUAAAAAAUUUCCGUUAUUCUACGUAAGACUCCGCUCGCUUCGCUCGCUCCGUAACAAGAAUGGCCAGAGCCAAUGAGAAGGCACGUCAAACAUCCCAAGAGGCUAUGAAUAGGAUGCAAAAAGAAUUUGAAAGGGCACUUCAAGCCCAGACAGAAGAGAUCCAAAGGAAUCAGACUCAAUUGCUGAACCAAGUACAAAGUGUAAAAGAAGACACGAACAGGGUGACGGCGGGAACAGAAGCAGGAGAUACAACAGGGGCGGUCGGUGGGGAUACAAGAGGGGCAGUCGGCAGUCACACAGGAUCAGCCAGCAGUCAGACAGGGGCGGUCAGCAGUCAGACAGGGUCGGUCAGCAGUCACACUACGGCGGUCAGCGGCCAGACAGCGGCGGUCAGAAGUCAGACGGUGGCAGUCAGCGGUCACACAGGGUCGGUCAGCGGUCAGACAGCGGCGGUCAGCAGUCACACAGCGGCUGUCAGCGGCCAGACAGCGGCGGUCAGCGGUCAGACAGGGUCGGCCAGCGGGGGUCAGAUCGCACCCUCCACCGAAGCAGCGCCGACCGCUGGGGAGCGGGCGGCGACUCGUGAGCCGGCCCCUGCGGAGUCCGUUCGGCAGACCACCGCCCCCCUGCCGGCGCUCUGUCAACAGUACUGGACCAGAAACGGAUGCAGGAAGGGGGCGUGCGGCCAGGUGCACCUCUGCAAACUCUUCCUGGCCGGAAUCUGCAAAUUUGGACACAUGUGCCGCAACGAGCACUCACUCCAGUCCGAACAUAACAAGGUUGUGUGCACUGAAGAGGCAUCCCGGAGCGAGGAGCAGCUUAUCGCGGAGCUGCGACGGCGUUUUGCGGAGGAGGGCUUCGCUGACCAGAAGUUCUAUCGCUCCCAUAUCGAGAUAUGCCCCAAUCAGGCCGAAUCCUGUCGAAUUCAUGACUGCAUCCGAGUGCACAUCUGUCGAGACUGUCACCGGAACCUGCUCACAUCCAGAGGGCUGCCGAUUUAGUCACGUGCUGCGAUCACCGCACAACAACAACGUUCUGGGGCUCUACAAGGCAGUGGACAUGAGCGACCGAGCCCUCCUGAACCUGCUGUAUGCCAGGGUCACCCAGAGGGGCGCCAAGAGCUCCAAGGAAUGAGGACCUGCCGCAAAGAACGCCGAAUCUGCCACAAAGAAAGGUGGAUAUGUCAAAGCGCCUGCGCCGCCGAGCGAUGAAGUAUGAACCCUCCGUUUAAAAAAAAGUGGAGCACUCAUGGAAGACGGUCAUGCUGUCAUUGGUGAGGCGUCUUUUUUCGUAAGCAUCCAUUUGAAUUUCGAAGCCGAGUCCUAAUUAAUCCGUAUCAGUCAUAGGGCCUCCGAUCCGGCCACCAGAUUUUCUGCCCUGUCGUGUCCAUCGCUGGGAAACAGGAUCCAUCGUUAGUGAUGACCUUUGACCUGUAGGUGUACAGUGACUGGAGCAUGUGAGUCGUGAGGUCAGCCCCGAGACCCGAGCAAUCGACGAAACUGACAGAGAUAAACUGAUCGAUAGUGUUGGAUGUAGCUGGGUUUAGAGCAGACUUAUGUUUUCGAGAGACGAACUAUUACAAUGCAUUAUAUAUCUAUGCCGUAUGUACUCAUCUGUGGUGCUUUUACUGUGCAUGAUAACCGUAUCAAGUGUCGCGUGUAAGUAUGCGGAGUUAAAUAAAGCCAAUAAAUGAAUCCGCGCUGCCUG